AUGCCGGAGGGUCCAGUUGAUGCAGAAGUGUCCGGUUCAGUCGGGUUCGACGAUGAUGGACUCGGGCUAGAUGCGUGGGGCGAAGCUCCUCCCGAGCGAGAUUGUCUUGCUGCAUCUUCCGACUUCUUGCCGAAGGAGUUCGUUCUGCGUCGUGAAGUCAAGGUCGCUCGUCCAGUGGGGGCUGUCCAGCAGGGAGGUGAAGCUCAACACGUCGCUCUCGUACCCGUUUGCUUCAUGGAAUACUGGAAGGGCACUGAGCGGGGUGGAGAUUCGAUGAAAGUCUCAUUCCGGCUCUCGACCACGGCCCCGUUGGAUGGAUUCAAUACCCGGUAGGUCUGGCUGUCGAGGCCGAAACCACAUAGCUUGCCUUCGAAAGCUCUGUCGUCCAGCUUCUUUCGGUAUCUCUCGUGGUGUACGAAGGCGCGCGCUCCAAUGACCCGAAGUCCCGAGAGAUCAGGUGACUUAUUGUGCAACUUCGAGUAUGGCGUAGCUCCUCCCAGUGCUGAGUGUGGGGACCUGUUCAACAGGUAUGCUGCAGUCAGCAUUAACUCCCCCCACAUGGACGGCGGAAAAUCUCCAUCCUUCAGAAGACACCGGGUGACUCCGGCCAGGGUUUGUCCGUCCCGUUCCGAUACACCAAUUUGUUGAGGGAUGUUGGUGGCGGCGUAUUCGAGCUUGAUAGCUGAAUUCUUGCGGUAGUCUCAAAAUUCGGAUCCGGUGUUCUCGCCUCCCUUGUCGCAGCGGAUGGUCUCGAUCCGGUAGCCUCCUGCCGCUGCGACGCACAUGUUGUACGUGUGCACCGCCUCGGUCGUGUCAGAUUUCUUGCGAAGCAGGUACACUUCUUUCAUCUUCGUGUAGUCGUCGGUGAUCUUGCACGCGUACGGGAAGGAGCCUCCUUUAUAUUUCGCAGGUGGAAUAACAGGCCCCAUGUUGUCGAUGUCCACAAGCUGUCCAGGCCGUGAUAUGUCGCGAGUCAAUUGCUUCUGGUGGGGGGACUGCUUGUGUUUCGCGAUCUGGCAGACCCCGCAAGGGGAGAGACUGUCGCGAUAGUCCACCCCGGUACCCGUGUCCUUCCGAAGGAUGUCCAGGCUCCGAGCAUUGAGAUGUCCAAGCCUCCUGUGCCAGGUGUCCGCGCUCACUAGCGUAAAGCAGACGGCGUUCGCCGUGUGGGUCUGUGACUGCUUCUGGUGGGGCACGAGGGAUUUCGGGCCAGAUGGCUGGACGUUCUGCUCGAACGUGAUGUCGAGGGUGCACAUGCCUUGGUCUCGCGGAUCUUGUGUGAGUGGAAUCACCUUGCCUUGGAUAGUGAGGUUCGGAGUGCUCUCUUCGACGACGCAGCGCAAUCCCUUUAUCAGGAGGGAGGUGGGCGAAAAAAUGUUGCGAUCAAGUCCCGGAACGGUGAGUCCCUGAAUCCGCACGCGCAAUUGCUGUCCUCGAUUGUCCUUGACGGUGCAGUGUAGGAUGCCCGUGGCCAGUUUCGCUGGGUGUAAUCGUGGAGGUUUCCGUCGGGGAUGAGGCGAUUGUCAAACAUGGUCUCCGAUGCUCCCGUGUCUACCAGCAGGCCUACCCCGGCGGAGCUCGCGGCGAAGUUCCGUCCUGAGAUGCGGGAACACGUGCCGAACAUGAAGCCGCUGUCAAAGGCGUCCUCGUCCCGGGUGAAGUCGACAACUGCCACUUCAUUGUUUGAGUCGUGCUUGUUGGACGCCGACGAGCAGUGAGUGCAGUUGGAGCACGCGGUGAAUGCUUUACUUGAGUCCUUGGUGUCUUCCGGGCGCUUUCCUCCUUGCUGGUAGCAUUCCUCGUCCGAGUGAGACGUGGUGUGGUGCCUGGAGCACCACUUGGUAGCUCCGGCGGGCUUCGCUUUCUUCUUCGCCCUGUUUUUGAUCUUGGGGCAGGCUCGUAGCAGCUGUGGCAGAUGAUGUCAGACGCGGUCGUUGCCAUGGCAAAUCCUCGACCAGCUAUGCGUCCCUUCCAUCCCUUGCGCGAUUGUUCGUCCAAGAAGAUGUUGCGCAUGGUGGAUUGCAUGUCCAGGACGUUGAAGGUUGGGUCUCUGAACACCAUCAGUUUGACGUCCUUGUAUUCGUCGGAGAAGCCCUGUACGCAGAUGUCCUUGAAGCGGCGGUCGGAGAUGGGUUCUCCCAUCUUAUCCAGCUGGGUGCGAAGUAGGUGCUUCUGGUUGAAGUAGUCGUCGGGAUUUUCACCAGGGUUCAUGGGGUUGUUCUCCAGCUCCUCCAUCUUGGCCCUGAUGACCUCGUCCGUUACCCUGUCAUAGUUGUUGCAGAGCUCCUCGAAGGCAGCUUGUCCGUCGCCGCUGAUGCCAGUGUCGUCUUCGUGCUUCUGUAUCGACAAGGCGGCUGGAAGUUCCACGAGGAGGAAUCGAACGGCGUAGAGAUCUUCGUUUGCCCUUGUGUAGGAGUCAAAGGCCGCUGUGUUUGCGGGAUCUGGCUUCCUUUGUUUCUUCAGCAGUGGCAGGAUGUCCUUCCUAGUCACACCUAACACCACGCAGAAUUUCUUCAUCCAUGUCUUGAACUCAGCUGGGUCCUUUCCGUCGAAUUUCUUGAGGCCUUUGAUCACGGUUGCCAGGUUCGUAGAACUAUCGCUGGCGAACGCGCUUCCACCUCCUGUGUUGCUCGUUGCAGUAUCCAUUGCUCGUUCCAGCUUUAUUUCCUUCGUCUUAAUAAAGUACUUCCUGCUCUAGGAGUAAGUUUGCUCGUGGUACUACUGCCUGUA